CUUAACCUUAUAAUCGUGUGACCAAACUUUAUCUGACUUUAUCUGGGCUGUUAGCAACCUUCUGAAUCAUUUUCGCUUUGCGCACUUGCCCGAUUAACUUCUCUAGCUAGGUGUAGGGAAACAUGAAAAAUAGAUAGGAUUUAAUUCUAGAAGUAACAUGGGUACUUUGUAAGACGAAAAAAACAAAACUUCUAUUCUCACUCAACUAGUAGGCUUAGUCUUCCUAGAUUCUUACUCUUAGUCUUACAAUUACUAAGUCUUAGUGGAUAGUAGUGACAGUGAUAUUGAUAAGUGUUGGCAAAUUGAACGAUUCGCAGUUAAGUUGUUAAGUAAAUAUUUAGUAUUAGACUCAGAAUAGUAUCGGCUAAUUACUACCAGAACUGGAAUACACAUGCCUUUGUGAUUUGUGACACAUCUGCUCUGAAGUUGAAUUCGAAAUAAUUAUAAAGAAGUGGAAAAAAUAGUCGGCAUGCCUCUGGAGUAUGUUUUAUUCUUUCUCAACAUUUCUUUAAGUUUAGCUAUUUAAAGGUAGAGGCCUAUUUGUUAUUUAUAUUAUUAAAUUAAUUUUAAACCCACAAUCAGGAAAAUACAUUUUAAAAAAAAAUAAAAUAACUUAAUUGAACUUAAUCAUGACUUAAGACUUAAUCAAUAGUAGGCCUAGGCCUAAUAUUAUAUAAUAGAUUACUAAUUUACUUUUAUAGGGCCUAGCAAGGUCUAUUCUGAAUUCAAUAUUGAUUGUAUGUUAUGUAUGGAGAUGGAGUAUUAUAUCUUUUAUAGUAGGCCUACUAUACUACUAUAUUUAUAUAAUGUACAAUGUACAGUAACAGUACGGUCACGGUACAGUGCUGAGUGAGUAGGCCUGAGUAAGAGUAGGUCACUUUUCUUGUCAAAAACUUGAUUGAAUUGAUUGAUCUUAUUUUAUAUUCAAAGCCAAAGCAGGCCUAAUUAUGUCUAAAAAUGGUAUCUUAAGUCUUAGUUAAGUUGGCCUAAUUAGGCUUCUAUCUAAUCUAUAAAUUAUAAAUCAGCAAUGUCAAUGAACUACUAGUACUAGGCCUAAAUUAAAGUCAAAUUUAAUUUGUCUAUCCACUUGGCAGAAGUAGAUUAGUCUCAGUGCAAAUAGUUCAAGUAGUUUUGAGUAGUGGCUCACCCAAGUAAUAUUAUAUGUACCGAUAGUCUAAGUAGGACCAAUAGAUUUUGGAUAACUUUAGGCCUAGCUUAUAGUAUACUUUAUUACACCCUAGAUUUAGAUUAGGAUGUUAAGUUUUUUUGCUUAAAAGAAGUUUUUUUGCUUAAAAGUCCAAGCCUUGACCUGUGUUGUAUUGUAUCUUCUCUAUGCCUAGUCAGAAUAUGACUCAUAUGCCUAUAGCCUGCCUAUGACUAUGAUAGUUAUAGUAUAGAUAGGGCUAGCUUUAAUAAUAAACCUAUUUUUUUUUAGGCCUAGCCUAAACAUUUGUAUUUAAUAAAAAAGGACUAGGACAAAUACAUGUCAUUAUUAUAAAUCAUAAUUGAAUAGUAGACUAUACUAUAAUGUAUGGCAUAUGGGCCCAGGCUAUAGUUUUAGCCUAGUUUUAUGAUGAUCCUUUAUAUUUAAGGCCUACCAGCCUACCUCAUUACAAAGUACAGUUGCUACAUUGACUGGCAAUGCAAUAAACUGAGUGAAUUUAUGGACUUUGUAUUCUUUAAUUUAGGGGCUUAGGAUCUAGGUUAAAGUUUAAGCUCCCAGCUGGUGCUGCAGCUUGGCCUCUGUUACUGUCUGGCUUUGAAUUUGAAACAAGGUGUUAUAAUAUAGACCAUAACUAUAAAAUAUGCAUAUUCAUUGGUUCAGUGUAAUCAUGCAAUAUGAAUUACUUAUACUUAUGUCCAUAACGUGACAGGCCUAGGCCCAUAUUUUAAUUAAAGUAUUAAGCAAGGCCUUUAAUAAAAAGUAAGUAAAAUAUUACACGUGCUAAGACCUUUAAUUGGGCCUGAUUAAAAUAAAAAUAUUAUUACUUAUUUAGGGGCUUAUGAUAAGCCCUAUACAGGGCUAUACACUAUUCAAUAUUAUAAAAAAAAAUAUGUAUUCUAACAUUUAGGCUAUACAUAGUAGGCCUAUGCCUAUAUGGAUGAUUUUGGAUGAUUUUGGGUAUAGAAUGGACUAAAUCGUAAUAUGAAAUCUUGAAUUAGUCUACAUUAUCAAUAUUUAUAAUUAUAAUAAUAAAUUUAUUAUUAGUCCAGGCCCACUUGUUACUAUUAGUACAAAUGUCAUGUCAUGUAGGCCUUUCUGAAGAAAUAGACCUACAGCAUUGCAUCAGCAUUUCAGAUUCUUCAUUCAAACUGUUAACUAGGUUAAUCAAUAACAUUCAGUUUUGAAAAGUUGUUGGCCUUACUUAUAAACAAAUUUUAUACCUUCUCAUAAUUGUUUUCAUAAUUUUAAAUAAUAUUUUUUAUUAGCCCCAAGGUGAAUUCCAGACCUUAAGUUUGUCCAAAUAAUAAUUAAAUAAAUAGUUGUUUAGCUUAACUGAACUCUUUUUCUAUCACCCACACCCUAUUUUCCCCCUACCACAAUUGACAUGUAUCACAACAGACAUGUGCAUUAGAAUUGAUUAGAAAUUUAUGCUUGUCUAUUAAAAUUGUGAGAGUUGGUAUUUUUGUCAGAAAAUUUUAUGUUAUUUAGUUGGCAAUCCAAAUAAAUUAUAGCCUGGAUAAAAGAUUGUUUCUUGUUAUAUUAAAACUUUAAAGUAAGCAUCUUUGAUUGGAGGAUUCAGAUCUAAAAUGGCUGCAGUUAUGUUUAAAACACUUACAGCAACUAGUAGGCUUUUAAGUAUAUUAACCCAGAUGGACACAUAUUUUCCUAGACCUAACUCAUUCCGGAUUUUGAAUACUUUCAGGUGGGCCUAUAUCAAACUGAGUUAAAAUUACUAUUACUUUAGAAUAGUAGCUAUGAAUAGCCUGUCAUAAAAAGGUAUCCACUCCGAUAUUAAGUAAGUGGCCCAACUCCUCUAAUCACAAAAAAUCCAGACAGGGUCAUGAAUUUGUAACAUCUACUAACUUAUCAUAUAAUGACUGUUUCCCAAGUUUUUCUCUACUCUGCACCCCGGCACCCCCUAAAAAUUAUUCUACUAGUCUCGCAAACCUAAGCAAUAUUUUAGGCCUAAUAAUUCUCACUACAAAAGUAAGUGCAUUUUAAAAAUGUUAAAAUAUUGGACUUCUAAUUUAUUAAUUUAGUUGCAAAUAGAAUUGUAGAAUUUAGAAAAUAAACUUGACAAAAGUUAAUGAAAAAAUGUUUAGAAUGAAUCAUAAAAACAUUAUAAUAACUUUAACUUUAAUGAAUGCUAAUGUCUUUUCUGUUCUUAUCAUUGAUAAUCUCUUUUCCUGGAACCCCUGAAAUGCUACCUCACAUCCCAAAACCAUAGUUGUGCCUACACCCCAGGUUGGCAAACCCAAUUUUAAAUAAACUAUUGGAAACCCCACUAAUAACUGCCUAAAACUACAUGUAAUUUAAAGAAGUGUUUUGUAGGUUUUGCUUAAAUCUUAAAAAAGACAAGUAUGUAUUAAACCCUUUCAUUACCGCUGGUUUUUGGGCAUAGAUUUUUGCUGACUUUUUAUUUUAAAAAAUUUUAAAAAAAAAAGAAUGUAGAAAUUUUCGGUAUAUUUCAUUCUCUAUCCGAUAUGCUUUUUAACUUCUCUAUAGAUUAACGCAUCAAGAAAUAUAUAACAUUGAAAUAUGAUGUUGACGUGAUGUCCUUGGUAUUUCAAAAAAGGUCUUUGCCUUUUUGUUAUGACGACAAUGGGACGUCCUUGGUAAUUGAAAGUGGGUGAUCGUGACGUCACGUUGACGUCAUCGGUAGCGAAGUGGUUAAUGGCAUGGGUCUCUCUAAUAUAGUUUUUAUGUUUUAACCACAAACUUAACCAAACUUACUCAUCUUUUCAUUUAAGACGGUCCAUGAUGACUUUGUCUAAAGAACAUGUGCAGCGCCUUUGGAGGAUGGCUGAUGCUGUAUGCUUUGAUGUGGACUCAACAGUUAUUAAGGAUGAAGGCCUAGAUGAUCUUGCAAACUAUUGCGGUGUUGGCCCUCAAGUUGAGGCUAUGUAAGAUUUGGUUCUGUCAAGCAUUUUAUACACCAAUGGUUUUUAUUUUGGCAGUGAGAAUUCACUGUGAAGGCAAAUGGCUUCGACAUUAAGUCAAAUCUUUCUGUUGAUGCAAGAUUGGUAACUGAUGAUUUAAGGCAAUGAAAUCACUUCAGAUUGUAAUCAGUAAUCUUGUCAAUUUGUUAUGUAACAUUUAGGAAAGUAAAAACAAAAAUUUUGUAAUGGAAAAAAAAAUAGUUAUUUAUUUUUAGGCUUAAUUUCUAUAUUUUGCUUAAUGUAAAUGGACUGAUAUCCUUAUGGAUUGCAUCUUCACAAUUUCUUUUUUUCUUUUAAGGACGCUUAAAGCUAUGGGUGGAGGCAUGACAUUCAGAGAGGCUCUUACUCAGAGACUGAAUAUAGUACGGCCCAGUCGUCAAACUGUAGAGAAUUUUAAUAUAGAUCACCCAUCUACAUUUAGCCCUAGAAUAAAGUGAGUAUAAUAUAUAUUUUGGUCUGAUUAAGAUUUUUUUCAUGGACCAUUUUGAUAUUGUUUUUAUGUAAAUACUUAAGUUUUGGGGUAACUGAUUUUAGUCCUGAAAUCAUAUGCCUUGUGAUACUGCAGAAUUAUGAGACUCAUCUGGAGCAACUGAGUCAGAUACAUUUAAACACUUAAUCUAUGCACUCCAUCAUUCACCUAGGCUAGCUGCCUUCACUUGUGGUUAAAAGCAUAAUUAUAAGCACACAAUUUUCUAAACAGUGAAUUAGUUUUUUUAAUAAAAUGAUUUUUAUAUUAAUCAAGAAAUUUGUUCGUUACAUAUUUUGAGCAGUACACUUGUCAGUUAUGUUUUAAUUAGUAAUACUAAAAGAAUAUAACUAGCAGUUUCAAGAUACAUGUUUUUUUCUUCUUCAUGAGCUUAACAUUUUAAUUUCCCUUCAAUUUUUGUUUACAGGGAAUUGAUAGACUUAUUAAGAUUAAAGAAUAAACAGGUAUAUCUUGUAACUGGUGGAUUUCGUAGCAUCAUCACACCUGUUGCUAAUGCAUUAGAUAUACCACAGGAACAUCUGUUUGCUAAUACACUACUAUUCAAUGAAGGUAAGCUCUUUUUGUAAGAAAUCUUAGCUUUUUAAAAAUUUGUACGUUGUUUCCGAGUUAAUUCUUUCAUCAGUUGAUAAAAACAUUUGUUAUAAAGCCCAUUUCAUUUAUUAAGAAAUCCGAUCUUCACACUUUUUAUGAAGAUUAAAGGAUUUUAAAAAAAAUUUUUUUGAAACAUGCUAUUCGUUUGGCCAUGGCCACUAUUUUAGAUGAUAGCUAUUUGGUGUAAGAUAAGAUUAAAUGUUUUCAGAUGGUAGUUAUGCAGGAUUUGACACCACAGCCUUGACAUCAGAAUCUGGUGGAAAGGCAAGAGUUGUUCAGCAUAUAAAGGAUAAAUACAAUGUAAAGACAGUGGUUUUUGUUGGUGAUGGUGCUACAGAUAUGGAAGCCUGUCCGCCUGCAGUAAGUUUGUAUGCUCUAAUAAUUAAGAGUGAAGAACGAAUGGUUAACUCAUUCAACCCUGAAGAAGUUCCACAACACAAGGAGUGGGAAAUAAUUUGAUACAACAUAUAAAGCAAUCAAUUAUGAAUGCGAAUCAAUUUCUUUCAUAUAAAUAUAUUGCAAAAUAUAUUUUUUUCCCCUUCUUUUCUACAAUAAAGGUGGAGUUGCCCCCCUUUUAACAUGCAAAUGUGAAAAUCUAAGAUCCCAGAAGUGAAUGGGUUAUAAUAAUAAAUUAUUUUUUUACUUUAUUUAAAAGCUCCCUUCACAUUGUUUAAUUUUGCUUCACCUGGAAGCAGACUUUUGGGCAUAAUAAAAAAAGAAAUUGUCAGUUUGAUAAAAAUUGCAUAGAUUUGCUUUGUUCCAUUAAAAAAUUAAAUUGAAUUUAGCAUGUAGAUCUAGUUUUUUAAAGCUCAGUAUUUGUGAUGUAUUUUUAAUAAGGCCAAUUAAAGGAAUAUGUUGUGGAUUUUUUUGGAGGGUUGGGGUGUUAUUUUUCAAUCAACGGUGUUCAAUGACGUCAAUUUUAUCCAAGUUUGUAAAGAUUUAAAACAUUUUAUCAACUGAAUAAAAUCAAAAUUAAUUUUUAAAAAUUAUUUAUCAUGAAUAUUCUUAAGAGGAUGGUAGUUUUCUUACUUGAAAUUUCAGCCUUUUUAAAAAAAAAAAACAACUUUUUUAAUGGCCAGAUUGGCUUUUGAGAUAUAGUAUUUUCCAAAUGACUAUGGACUAGUGUUAUUUUUCAAUCAACGGUUUUUAAUGACGUCAAUUUUAUCCAAGUUUGUAAAGAUUUAAAACAUUUUAUCAACUGACUAAAAUCAAAAUUAAUUUUUAAAAAUUAUUUAUCAUGAAUAUUCUUAAGAGGAUGGUAGUUUUCUUACUUGAAAUUUCAGCCUUUUAAAAAAAAAAAAAAAACUUUUUUAAUGGCCAGAUUGGCUUUUGAGAUAUAGUAUUUUCCAAAUGACUAUGGACUUCUUAAGUUUAAUUCUUAUAAGCUAAUGAAGAGGCAUGUUUUGAAAUUCCAGAUAAAGAAAUCUUUAUAUUAACUUUCUGUACAGGAUGCUUUCAUUGGUUAUGGUGGAAAUGUCAUCAGAGCCAAAGUAAAGGAAAACUCACCUUGGUUUGUAACAGACUUUCAAGAAUUGAUUGAUGAACUGUCAAAUGAAACAAAUAUACAAAAAAGCUAAGCAUUGACGAUUGUCAGUUGUUAUGUAUAUUUCCUACUGCAUAUCGGGUUGAAAUAGUUAAAGCAUGACAUUCCUUUUUAAAUCUGAUGUCAUCAUUAAUUUUUUAGAAAUGUGUAAUGAAUGCAGUGAAUCUUUUUUUAUAGUUUAUUGGUUGUAUUUGCUCCUUCCAAUUUAAUAACAGAAAAUAUUUUUUUAAAUGAACUAAAUAAUGUAUAAAAGUUGUUUUACAAAAAACAAGUGCGACAAGAACCAAGAGACAUGUAAUGUUUGAAUGAAUAGAUAACGUCAUUGUUCCGUCUUUCCUGUUUCAUGUUUUUAAACAGAAAUGUUACAUUAUUUUAUGGCGCCACAGAAAAAUGUGAUAUUUAUGAAUUAGUUUGACAGUAAAAAAAUCAUCAUGUGUUUUUGAUCACAGCCACCUCAUCCAUCUGUAGUAGAUUCACAUUAAGGACAUUUAUUAUUUGUGGUGGAGAGGUUUAUUUUUUAUAUAUAUUUACUGUUUGAAAAUACAACUUAUUGGCAAAAAGUUCACUAUCAUGUAAACAUGUUUUUGGCCUGCUAAGAUCUAAACAUUUCAUGGGAGUUUUUAAUAAAAGUUAUCCCUGAGACAUUUCAUGUGACAUAUUACCUAACCACCAAAAAAUUGGCAAUAGGUUAAUUUCCCAUAAUUUUUUUUUUACAUUGAUUAUCAUAGCAAAAUCUUCUACUACUGACUCAGAUGUGUUCAUCUUCUGUAACGGUUGUGAAAUCCAAUGGUUUAAUUGACCAUAAGUCUGGCAUCAAUUUGUAGUGUUUUAUUUUUUUUCAAAAUGGUGAACCGCAGAACUGGGCCAGUCCACAAUCCUUAAGUUACCGGGCCACAAGCGUUAUGCUGGCAGUCCGCAAGCUUCACAAUUUCGACCCGCAUGACAUGAAUAUUUAUGGUCAAAUAAAAUGGAAAUAUAAUUAAUAGAUCUGGCACAGGUCCCUAUAGCGAUUUUGAAGCUUUGAGAAACACUAUAUUAUUUCACAAUGCAGACUACGGGAAUCUCGGUGGAACUGACUUUUUUUCUAAAAAUUAUUUGCACUGGAUAUGUUGUUUUUUUGCAGGAAUUUAUUUUUAUUAUUUAUUAAAAAUUCUAUCAGAAAGAUUUAUUCUAUUAAAAAGAAUUCCCCUAAUUUAGGGGUAGAGAACAUUAAUCUCUGAUAUAACAUUAAUGGCAUUUUUAUAAAAUUAUUUUUUACACUAAAUAUAUGUCUUACUGACAGAACAUCUUCAGCUGUACUAUAUUAGUACAGGUCUUCUGUGGAUGAUGUGGACGAUUAUGACUAACACCAUCUUGUAGAUUUAGCUACUCUAUUUGAGGGCCACGUGGAAUGUAACAGCAGUCUUGCUUAUGAUAACGAGGUGUGUUACUUGGUGAUCUUUACACGCAUAUAAGUUUUCACUCAGCUGCUGUGGGGUUACUUGUUUAGUAAUGAUGACCAUACUCAUUAUUGAAUGUAGGAAAUUAUUUUGCCAUAUGGUGUUUUUGGUGCAGCCAGAAAUAAAAUACUAUGGAACCACUGCCCUGUGUACAUAAAUUAUUAUAUAUUUUUUAAAAAUGUUUGUAUUCCAAUAUCCAAUUUUCUCUUCAAUUAAUUAAGGGAUGAAACUCCACAUUACAAUCUGAAAUAAGAACUAUAAUACUUGUAAAAUGAAUUUUUAAAAAUUCAAUCGGAUUAAAAGGGUGUAGGACUACACUUAAUAUUUCAAGUAGUUUAAUGAUAAUGAGACACAAUUUGUAUAAAGAAAACAAUAUAGGUUAAGCUUUAAUUAUGGCUAAAUAUAUUCAAAUGUUUUGGAAAAUUCCACCAUAAUAAAUGCGAUUCAAAAAAACAUUUAUAAAAGAAUAAAUUAAAUUUACCUAAUAUAGUUAACAAAAAAUUUUUAGCCACCUAAAAAUGAUAAAAGAAUAUUAAUGGGCACAAGUCCAAAACGAAAACAAACCUCAGAGGAAAUGAAUUUGGUGAAAUCAAAAGUUAAAACCCAACAGGGAAAAGACAUGGCAGCUACACAAAAAUUAUGAAUUUGGUUUAUACCGUAAGGAGUCAAUGUACCAAAUCUUUUUAUUAAUUUAUUUUCCAUAUUUAGAAAGGAGACAUAUACAAAUUAUGUUAAUUUAUUUUAUAUUUCUAUGAAUGUUUUUUGAUGUACUGGUACUGUCAAAGGCAUAUGCCUCAACAUUUGAAUUUGUAUUCUGUGUAACCAUAAGCAGACCUGUUUACUCUUACGAUUUUGGCGUACAAUGUACGAUUUUGAAGUGUUAGCAUGUAUACUCAUAAGUGUACAUCUGACAAUAUUGAAUGUACAACUGACAAUGUUGAGUGUACAACUGACAAUUUUGAGUGUACAACUGACAAUGUUGAACUGAUAGUCUCAGUAGUGAUAGCUUAGUUGUUACGUAGCUUAGAUGUAAACAGAGAAAUGUUUGUCCUCAUGUAUGGUUUGCCGUGGGCUUAAAUGUCUUUAAGCAUGGAUUAAUUUCUCCACCUGUAUAGUUGCCUUGCUCAGCCGAUCCCCUACCUUUUAGGGGCAGACACCCUAUUUAGAUGUCACAAUCACCUCUUAAGUGGUGUAUCCACUUCUCACAGGGGUGUAUCCGCCUCCCGCGGUGGUGUAUCCAACUGUCCCAGUGGUGCACCCACCUCCCGCAACGGUGUAUCCACAUGCUGGUGUCAGUAAAAGCUUAAUCUUAAAAUAAUUAUCACUCAGUCAGUGUUGAAUUUCUAGUGUUCAGAGCAGGCAACAAGUCAAGCUUGAUUUUAACUGAGCUUCAGGUCUGCCCGGGUCAACCAACAGCCGACAGCUCUCCUAAAAAUGUUUUUUUUUUACAAUUUUAUUUAAAUUUUUAAAAAUGUUGAAAUUGAUUGGAAUGGUAUAGCUGGCGAUAUUCAUCCACACUAACAAUUUUAAUAUUUCAUUUCAAAUGCCAUUGUUUUAACAAAUUAAAUAUGAUGAAAGAUUGCUGUUUCUUAAUGCAGAUCUUAUUUUUCCACAGAAAAUGUUUUACACAUGAUGUAUUAACAGCCUAAUUACUUGUAGAGUAGAAUCAUUUAAUAUUCCAAGAAAUAAAUAGAAGUAC